AUGACGGCAAAGAGAGGAGUGAAGGCUGUGACAUCCGUGUUGGACUUGAUUGAAGGGCUGGAAGAGUUUUCCGGCAAUGCAGCGUUGUACGUCUCGAGUCCGAGCUCAGCGGAGGAGAGCGCUCAGACCGUGAAGCUCUCACACUGCGAAGUGUACGCCUUGUGUUUGGACGAGUUUUCUCGCGAAGAAAAAGUGUGUGGAUCGUUAGCGGAUCGGGCUGUCGAUGACGAAACAAGAAGUCUUGAAGAAACGUACAACGCCUGCGUCAAAACUCGGCUUGGGCAGAACAUCACAGACGUACGUGCUCGUCAAAUUGGGUGGAAGCCACGCAAUGUGCAGCCGCAAUCCCUGCCGUCCUCGCUCGAGAACGAACCUUGUCGCAGCAAACUUUACGUUCUUAAGCAACACUGCUCAAGGCUGGCCAAAUGCUGUCCAGAUGCACAAAUAUGUCGCAACGAAGUUGACCGUUCGGAUAGGGCUCGGUAUCUUCGAAGGCGAAAAGAAUCACUAGCUGUUGCCGCUACCAAGUGCCGACUUCAACGGUAUAGAGAGAUCUUCAAGCGUACUAACCUACUUCACCCUGAAUCAUUACUUACUGCA